GCGAUUCCCGUGUUCGAUUUCCGAGGCAAACACGGAGAAAUGAAAUCCUUCGGUUUGGAUACUUCUUCCGGAACGAAGGCCAGCAGGUAGGUUAGUGUCUGACCUCUUCUUCUACGGAUCGCGGGCGAAACCGCACUGUUUACAGUGAACGAUAAUCCGAGUCGGGGUUGGGUAUCCGUAACUCCAGCGACGGCAUGAAAACCAAUUAACCCGACGGCACGGGCGUGACCCGGGCAGGCGCCAGCUAUCAACCUGUAAUCGGAGCGCUUAGAAAAUUAGCGAAGGACCUGGAAAACGCUUCAGCUCGUUAGCGAACGGCCGAUAUCGUAGCGGUCCAGAAUCCGUAAACUGUGUCGGAUAGAAGGCUCGCGUGUAAAGCGGAUACUCUGGAAUGUAUCCAGGUCCGCGAUUGGUUCGAGACCCUAAAAAUUCUUGUUGCUCCCGCUGCCGGAUGCGUUCAAUUCUUGGAUCAUCGAUUCGAUCCUCGGCACGGCGAGCGGAUCCCUCGACUGAAAAUCUGAUCUAUCCAAAAAUCCGUUUGCCAGGGAACGAAUGGAAUUACAAAGUAAUUAGCGAUCCUCCAGGAGGGAUGGGAAAGCAAUUAGCGUGCUGGUUAAUUGAACGUUUUAAGUAAUUUCACUGAUAAAGUUGGCAGCGACGUAGAUUAACAUUUCGGUAAGGUUUAUCGCGAUCGUGACAGUAACGAAAGUCGGUAGAGUUUGCUAAACGCUCUCGCGGUUGCGGGAACCGUAGGAUGGAUGAGCCGCGAGGGUGUCUCUGUUGUUUUGGGAUUCCAAGCCGCAAGAUGGAGGUCAAGGAGGAAUUCUGGAGGAUAGCGUGCCGCCUCCGUUCCCGAGCCAGGGAAUAGAUCGUGACCUAUAAACGAGGGGCGGUCGUAUAAAACGCCCCUAGGAAGCGCGACCCAGUCGUCCCUGUCUGAGGGGUCGAAAGAAGCGGAACGUCGACCGAGGCGGUUGGGUGCACCGCGAGAAUCGCCGGCAAACAAAACUAUUCGUCUUUAUCCGGUUAAAGUUAUCUCCUUGGAAUCUGUCCCGACGAUGCCGCGACCGGCAGCUACGGAAGGUCUAGGAGGCACGUCGAUGGGAAUGAAAACGACAUCAAUCUCGCGGCUUUCACUCAUUUUCCUUUCUACGCGCUUUUCCCCGUCGCGAUAUUGCCUGGAAAUCUUAUGUCUGCGUUGCUCGAUCCCUGCUUCUUUGUAUUUUGCUUGCCAGCGUUUUACGCCGAAGGUUCGAACCGAAGGACGAUCAGACUCUCGAGUUUUCUCAAAAUCACGAGGCGAGCCUCUCGAGUCGAGCUCGAGUGGCCGAUCGCGAAUAUUAAUUAAUAUCGGGUCAUAUUGAUCUUGUCGUGGAACAGGGACUGGUCAAGGAUCCAUCGACGAGCAUACGAUUAGGGUGGGAAUCGAACUUCGAUAGACCUCGGUUAAUUGAAAUAGUUGGACCGUGUAGCAGAUUUCCAGCCACGCUACCGCGGGAGUCAUUAAAAAUACUUUUCAAUCUCAUGAACAUCGGAGAUUCAGCAAACUCCUGGGUUUAAAAUAGAUUCAAUUAACGUCACACGCGUGCGCCGCAUAGCGAUCAGCCCGAGUCCCUGCGUGAAAAAUUCUAGUACAGACUUGAGAUAUUAAAAAAAAAAAAAUAGUUCAUCGGGGAGGGAAAUUAGAAACUGGAGCGGCGCGUACGCCGGGUAAACAUUCGUGCAAUCUCGACGGAUUCGAUCGAGCCCCGGGGCGAAAAUGACUAAUCAGUCAGGGGACGACGUGGAAUCGUUCUCGGAUUCCUUUUAGCUCGCUGGAACGUCGUUGGCAAAUCUUAUUUAAGGCAGAUUUAUCGCCGGGCCGACCCUGAGAUCGAGGAUAUUACGCCGGACCCGGACACCGCUCACAAUGCGACUCUUCGACUCAAAAAGUGUCAUAACUCAAAACCCGAGCGCCUCUUCGAGCACUUCCGCAGCUCCAGCACAGCCUGUGCCAGAAAUCCUUCUCUCGCCGGUUUUAUUCCGCGAUAAACCAAAUGAUAUCCCGUGGUUUUUGUUAAUAACGUUGGAGGAAAUCAAAAAUGCUUGGACCGUUUUAUCGAUAUCGUCCACGGAGAAAGCGUCGGAUCUACAGUUUUUAGAAACGAUAUGACGCGAUAAUGAUUGUUCCCGUUAUAACGCGACGAGCACAUUGGGAAUCGUAAGAAACGAGGUAGUAACAGAUUUGAUUCGUACGAAGACGUAACCUUAGCCUGUACGUGAAAGCACGUCGCAAGCAGAACCCGGCUCGUUUGCAUUUAUGGAGACACGUGUUGCGAGCGAACACUUCACCGAAGGAAAGAAGCGUUCCGGGAACGCGACGACGUCGGUGGAGUUACGGUAAUCGCGUUUUCUAAACAGUUUCCAACGUAAGACAGAGUUUUGGGCGAAAUGGAGCGUGCAGAAGGGAGAGGCGAGAAAGAAAGUCAAAACUCGCGGUAACACGAUCUGCCGGAUCCAUCGUGCGUGACGGCGAGGCGAUGGACGCGUGUGUCACCAGCUCCGGGGAAAAUUUCUUUUCCCUGCGUCCCAUUUUUUCGCCACCUUUCCCAACUCCAUUAGCGCCCGGGGAUUGGCUAAUGCUCGCUCGACCGAGCACCGAGCGACGCUUUUUGCGGACCCGGGACCGCUUGAAUAAUUGUGUUUUGCAACGUCUGCGCCGGCCAAGUUCCGGGCAUGGAUCCAAAGAAGGAUUAAGCAAAGGGAAACUUUUAAAGUGGACCUAUAAAAGGAACAAUCGCAGCCGGGCCGGGCCAUUCGGUAUCGAUUCGUCCCGGGGAUACGCGUCCUGCUAGUAUGGCGUUUAAACUGAUCGCGACGAUCCUGGCGCUGUCGGUUUUAUUCGACGGUAAAGUGGAGGCCGGCCACGCGCAUUCCUUCCAACAUUUCCACGGACCGGUGAUAGGCCACGGUCAGGAAGUGACUUGGCACGACAAGCACGGCCACCAUCACCACGAUUACGUCGCCCAUCCGCACUACGAGUUCUCGUACGGCGUCGAGGACCAUCACACCGGCGACUAUCAUGGCCAGAAGGAGCACAGGGACGGGGAUGAGGUGGUCGGCGAGUACACGGUUAAAGAGCCCGGCGGUAACGUCCGAACGGUGAAGUACCGUGCCGGAAAGGACGGAUUCUUCGCGCAUGUCAUCAACAGCGAUGGUAACGACCACCACGACGAGCACCACCAUUAAACGCUUGGCAGUCGUUAGCGGGCCCAUUACCAAAGAUUUCUUGUUACCAUUGUUUUAUUGUUACACAACGUUUUGUUGUACCGAUCCAGCAUAUAACAAAUAA